AUGCAUGAUCUUGUUCAUGAUCUUGCAAAAUAUGAGCAGUUGCGAACCAUUGUUGUACCAAGAAAAAUAGAACCUGACUUAGCAGUAUCCAUUGAAGCAGAAUUGUCAAGUUUUAGUCGCUUACGUGUGCUAAAUUGCAAAUGUACAGAUGCGAAAUUGGAUGAUGACACUGAACAACCUUUUUAUUCCACUGAACAUGUACACCGUAAGCCCAUUGGAAAUUUGAAGCAUUUAAGGUAUCUUAGUUUUCGUGGCUCAAAGGUACAUCCUAAAUCUCUUUGCAAGCUAUUAAACUUGCAGUACUUGGAUCUGUAUGGGUCAGGACUUCAUGAAUUACCUGAAGAUUUUGGCAAACUAAUCAACUUGCGGUUUUUGUCCUUAUCAUCCAGACUGACAUGUUUGCCAGAAAAAGGGAUAGGUGGCUUAACUUCUCUCCGGACACUACAACUUUAUGAUAAUCCUGAAUUGACGUCUUUGAGCGAAGGGAUACGACACCUUACUUGCCUCCGACAAUUGUUUAUAAGGAAAUGUCCAAAGUUGGCUUCACUGCCUAUUGGCUUUAAACACCUUUCUUCCCUUGAGUAUUUGUCGAUUAAAUGGUGUGAUACUCUUAAAUUCUCAGAAGAUAAUGAUCUACUAGGGAUGACAAGUAUUAAAGAAGUAGUAUUAACUGAUCUUCCAGAAUUAGUAUGUUUGCCAUUGGGGAUUCAACAUGUUGCUUCUUCACUAAAUAGCUUGAUAGUUGGAAAUUGUCCAAAGUUGGCUUCACUGCCUGCUGGCUUUAGACACCUUACUUCCCUCGAGAACUUGUCAAUUAAAAAAUGUGAUACUCUUAAAUUCUCGGAUAAUGAUUUACAAGGGAUGAGAAGUCUUAAAAUAUUGGUUUUAUCUGAUCUCCGAGAGUUGGUGAGUUUGCCAAUGGGGCUUCAAGACGCUGCUACUUCACUACAUAGCUUGACACUUCGAAAUUGUGUCAAGUUGAAGACCCUUUCAGAAUCUGUUCUCCCAAAUCUCAAAUCACUUCAAGUAAUUGAAAUUGAGAAAUGUUAUAGUUUGUUUUUCCUACCAGAAGAGAUGCAGUCUCUCACUAUGCUACAUUCUCUAAAAAUUUCGCAGUGCGAGGUCUUGAUUAGAAGAUGUUUUGAAAGGGAUUUCUUCAUGAUAGCUCAUGUGCCUGAAAUUUAUAUUGAUGGGGCAAAAUUUGAACCUUCUCACUACAACAUCAGCAAGCAAGGCAAGCAACUCUUUCUCCAGGGUCAAAGUUGGAGUAAAGUUUUAAAUGUGAAGGAAGAACAUGAUUUCCGAGGUUUCUCCAAUGUUGGCACAAAAUUCUGGACGUAG